UGAAUAAUUACUCUGCUCUGUUCUCUUUCCCAAUCAUACUGGACCCUGCAGAAGUUGACACUUCUGUGUAAAUCUAAACUUGCAUUCCAUGCAUUAUAACCGUUUUCCCCGAAUCCCUAGGAAAAAAGACCAGACCUACAUAUAUAGAUAGUUUAUUAUCAUAGGUACAUUCGACGUACCUUCAACAAUACUGAUCAUUUAAUUAUAAUCAGUUUUAGGAUGCUGCUCACCCUUGAGAUUAUAUCCACUAUCAAAUGGAUGUCGUUGCAUUUGUCCAAAUGACUUAACCCAAACUAUACAACUAGCUAGAAUUUAACAUAUAUGAUAUAUCGUAAUGAAGUCAUUUAAACUAGAGCCUUUAUCAGAUACUAUCUUGCUAAUGAAGACAAUCCAUGAAUAAUACAUUUGGGAAUCACACUAUGUACACAGAAAAAAUUUAAAAUCCAUACCCCUUCUUCAUAUCUUUUAUCUUUCUUCUUUCUGUGUGGGUCUUAUCUCCAUGCAUGAAAUUUCGGUUUUCAACUCUGAUCCCAAUGUGAAAAUAACAUAUCAUAAUAGACAGUGCAUGUUCGUACAGUUUCAGUUUGAUGAAGAAAGAUAACGAAACCACACGAGUGAACAAAAAUGACAAAACAAUUAUUCAUAAUUUAAACCCCUCGUGAUGUACUUUAUCAUAUAAUAAAACUUGCCCAUCUAAUGUCAAAAUCUUUAGAUUUAAUAUCUUUAUGGACCUUAGAUCAAUCAUCUAUAAAUACACAUGUCCCUCACCAUUGUGCUUCUCAUCACAAAACCAUCUAUAUCUCUCUAUUCAUCAGUUUUAUUUGACCUCUCCUUCUAUAUUCUCAAAAUGAAGAACAAGUUCAUAAAAGCCUGUGAAAACAAAUUCAAAACCAUGAAGAGCAAAUCCAUAGUCAUACAAUGUUGUACUUCAUUUUCCUGUGAGAGUUGCUACGAGAAGGUUUCUUGGGGUUUCAAGAAAGAAAAUGAAGCCAUACCCAAAGAUGUCCCAAAAGGACAUUUGGUAGUGUAUGUAGGCGAUGAUUACAAGAGGUUUGUGAUAAAGAUGAGUUUGCUUAAACAUCCGAUCUUCAAGGCAUUGCUUGAUCUAGCUCAAGAUGCUUAUGACUUCAGUUCUGAUUCAUCUAGACUAUGGAUUCCAUGUGAUGAGAACACUUUCCUCGACGUGGUUCGUUGCAGUGGCGCUCCUCAGCAACAAAGGAACUGCAUUUACAUGUACAUGUAAGAGUGAGGAUACUCAAUUUAUUUUGUAUUAUCAUCUGUGGAUCUAUGUUUCUAGAGAGAAUUCUUCAAUAUUGGUUUAGAUCGUAUAUAAAGUAUAAACUAAUUAUGUACAAAAAAUUAUUUAUAAGCGUGAACUAUAAUAGUAUUACAAGUAUAAGCAAGGGCCAAUAAACAUGCAGCAUCCACAAAUGUUUCAACAUUAACUCUGGCAAAAGAUCUUUGUUUUCUCACACAUCUCAAGACAUAAAGCAAAACUUUUAAGACAUGGUUGCCUCGGUUCUGUGUCAUUAAACAGACUGCAAACUCUUGUUUUAUGGAGAUGCUGUCAAAGAAUCUAGAAUUCAUCAAUUUCCAAUUUCUGUUUCAUAUAUAUCAUACAAAGUGACACCAUUCGCAUUACAAUUAUUCACUGGUUACACAUUCAACUCAAACAUAAAAGAAAAAAAAA